GGAGCCAGGAGAAAAGCGCUGCGCUUUGAGGUGUACAACUUGCUACUAGACUCUUUUGUCUGUUCGACUAGGAGGAAACGAAAGUGGACGGCUCAUCUACCAGCUUUAGUGGAACUAACAGUACCCUCUGAUUGUGGAAGAUAUCUCGGACUUCAGAAUACGGCAGUCCGCUUACGCGCGUUCUCCUGUCGUUGCACUCUCUCGUGUCCUAACGACGCGUUUCUCGUUCUCCUUUCUCGACACACUUUCAUCUACAAGUCAGAUCGUAUUCAACAAGAGCCCAACGAUGAUAUUUCCCAGAUCGGCGUCAACGCAUCCCCAACUGCUCUUUGCCAACUUCAACCAGGAUUUCUCCUGCAUAAGCGUCGGUACACGAUCAGGCUACUCAAUCAUCAACUGUGAUCCCUUUGGGCGCGUAUUCACAAAGAAUGAAGGCGCGGUUGGCAUCGUUGAGAUGCUCUUCUGUACUUCUCUUGUCGCCCUCGUGGGCGCUGCAGACCAACCGACAAGCAGCCCAAGGCAGUUGAAGAUCGUCAAUACCAAACGGCAAUCCACCAUUUGCGAGCUCUUAUUCCCCACGACAAUCCUUGCGGUGAAGCUGAACAGGAAGGUUUUGGCGGUAGUCCUCGAGGCCGAGAUAUACCUGUAUGAUAUCAGCAAUAUGAAGCUGCUGCAUGUCAUUGAGACGAGUCCGAAUCCGAACGCUAUAUGCGCCCUCUCACCCUCCGCCACCUCCUGUUACCUCGCUUACCCCUCUCCCAUUCCCUCCCCCUCCAGCACCUCCAGUGUACCACCACCCACGACUCAUGCCUCUCAAUCCGGAGAUGUGAUCAUCUUUUCUCCCCUUACCCUCACCAUCACCAACGUCGUCCACGCGCACAAGACGCCCAUCUCAUGCCUCGCAUUGUCGUCCAACGGACAAUUACUGGCUACUGCCUCGGAGAAAGGGACAAUCAUUCGCGUCUUUGCACUUCCAUCAGCACAGAAGGUCGCACAAUUCCGUCGGGGAACAAGGGAAUCACGGAUACACAGUAUGAACUUCAACAACGUUGGUACGCUCCUCGCUGUGAGCAGUGCGAGCGAGACCGUGCACGUCUUCCGGUUGGACGAUAAGCGUGCUGCAGCGAGCGUGGCAGGGGGGAGGAGAACGAGCGGGACGAGCGUCAGUAGUGGUGUGGGAAGCGCGCUCGGUGAAGAAGAUGCGGAUAGUGCUAGAAGCGGGAGUGGGGCGGUUGAGGGAGGAAGGGAACCCCCAAGCGUGGAGAAGCAGGCACUCUCCUUAACAGGGAUGCUCUCCCGUCAUUCAUUGAAACUUGCCGGUGGUCUGGUAGGGCAAGUGGGCAGUAUGCUGCCAAUUCCCACCCAGGUGUCAGAGAUGUGGGAGCCUGCGCGAGACUUUGCCUACUUGAAGCUUCCAGGCGGGGCUGGGAGAUGUGUCGUUGCGCUGUCUGGCACCAUGCCGCAAGUGAUGGUUAUUUCUUCGGACGGGUACUUUUACGCGUACAAUAUCGAUCUCGAGAACGGGGGUGAGUGCGUGUUGAUGAAGCAGUACAGCCUAGUAGACUCGGGUGACGAUAAUACGGGAGAAUAG